AUGGCUAAUUCGCUCCCCAUCGAGAUGUGGAAGGAUAUCUUCGAGUUCGCAUGCACCGACGGAGGCCGUACCGCGAGCUCUCUUUCGCACGUUUCCAAGGCCUUCCGCACAGUCUCCGCCACGUAUCGAUUCCGCAGCGUCCGGCUUUCGAGACUACGCGACAUCCAACUGUUCUUGACUCACUACGAGGCUGCCCUCGCCACCGCAUCCGCCGCCGGCUGCGACCCACCCCGGGUGUGCCAUCUCCUUCUGUCUUUCCUGCCUGGGGAGACGGAUGUCAAGCUCCUGGACGCUGGGUGCCACAUGCACGACUUCCAUGCGUGGCGCAACAUGAAGGGCGCGUGGAACGCCCGCUGCGUCGACCUCCUUUCGCGCCUCUUCGCGCUCGUUGGCGCGCACCUCAAGACGUUGACCGUCCUACAGUCGCUCAGCAUCCCUCUCCCCUUUGUCCGGUGCACACUCCCCGCGCUGCGCGAACUCACCCUACUCACCGAUGAUCGUCUCUUCGUGCGUCUCCCCAGCGAGGCGGAAGACCAUAGCUCGUGGAUUGAGCUGUCAAACACCGAAUUCUACGCCGCCGGGACACCGCUCGACCUCACCGAAGUCGCCGCGAACCCGCCCUUCCCUGCCCUCGAACGCCUGCACGUCGUAGACGUCAGCGGUGAAGCUGUCGCGUGCAAACGGUUGCCGUGGGCGACGACGUUGCCUGUGUGGGCGAAGCUCGCGCCGCGCCUCGCCGUCUUGCACUUCUCGCACGCCGACGCCGCCAUUCUCCGGGACGUGGGCGACCUGCUCCGCACGACGCCGCUCCUGUUUUCCGCGCUGCGCACGCUGGCCGUGCAGCCGGCGAUGGAGGGCCCGGAGGGAGCCGCGGCGGUGGACGCAUUGCGGGAAGCGUAUGCGAGUGUAGCUCCGAGGCACGAGCUAUCGCCGAUACGGGUGGACUGCGUGGACGUGGAUCCGACCAUGGACAGCAGCGACGGUGGGUAUUGGCCCCGAAUGCUGGCGGCGGAGUGGUCGAGACGGAUGUUGUAA